CGAGAGAGAUUCGGGGGGGGCUGGACUUGCUUAUAAUACUUAUACCGAUGAAACGUUUUUCCGUGUUUAUUCGCCACUUGUCUAUUAUUUUUUUGUUUUCUUCGUUUGUGCUAGGCUAGAAAAUUAUAUGAUACCUGUUAGAAAUUUGGAACUUCGGUUAAAAAGAGAUAUAAAAGAAGGAAAAAAAAUUAAGAAAAAAGGAAGUUAUAACCUGGUUAAAAAGAAGUCCCAUACGCGUAUACCCCAGAAUCCAUGCCAUGCUUAUUUUGAUAUAAUAAAAGAUUUUUCAGUAGGGCUACAAAUUUUUUAAAUCGGGUAAAUAAAAAUAUUAGUAUCUACGAAAUCGGCGUACUACGAGGAAGCUGCGAACAUUCCAAUAUUUAAAGCUCGACAGCUGGCCAGUAAUGUCCGUACCUUCGUCGUCAUCGUCGUCCUCAUCGUCGUCCAAAGGGAUCGAAGGAGAAAAACCAGGUGGUACUAGUCCCAGUCCUGUUGAAGGUGUCGAAGUCGGAAUUGCAGGUCCAAGUACUUUGGAACAUCCCGUUUGUCCUUUACCCCAAGACGGUGAAUCCGAAGAUUAUGGAAACGAAGCAGAUGAGGAAGAAGACGAAGAAGAAGAAGAAGACAGUAGUGAAGAGGAAAGCGAGAUUAGUGAUAAUGGGCUCUACUGCGAUGCGGAGUGUGAGGAAGAAGUUGAGAACGAAGAUUGCAGACCCGCCGAGUCAGAACAGUCACAAGCUCCUGUGGAACAACGUGUUCAGAGUCCCAUUUUGCACACUUGCGUACCCCUUAAUGUUGUACAGCCUCAAAGAAAAAGGAAGUGCGAAGCAGAGCCUAGUUUACCUUGCAAGAAACUCAAUUCUGAGGACAAAAAUCAUACCUUAAUUGUUAAAAAGUUGGAGGAGAAAUUGAAACAUGUGAGGUUCGUAAUCCCCACGAGAGACAAUCCUCCACCAGAAAUGAGCAGUUGGCUUCUCCAGUUUCAGAGGUGGUCAAAUGCAGAGAGAAUGUUGGCGAUAGACGAACUAAUCGAGAGAUGUGAACCGACCCAAGUGCGUCACAUGAUGCAAGUAAUAGAGCCUCAAUUUCAACGAGAUUUUAUAUCUUUAUUACCAAAAGAACUGGCCUUAUCAGUUUUGGCAUUUCUCGAACCCCGGGAUUUAUUGAGAGCAGCUCAGACCUGUAGAAAUUGGCGUUUUCUCGUCGACGAUAAUCUUCUUUGGAAAGAAAAAUGUCGUGUUGCUGGUAUCGACGGUCUCAAAGAUUUUUCAAUAAAUAAACGAAAAAAUUGUCGAACUCAUUCCGGCAACUGUGGAUCACCUUGGAAACAAGCUUAUAUGAGACAGCAUAAUAUCAAAAUGAAUUGGAGAACUCAACCCAUUAGACCACCCAAAGUAUUAAAGGGUCACGACGAUCAUGUUAUUACGUGUUUACAGUUCUCCGGUAAUAGAAUAGUCAGUGGCUCCGAUGAUAAUACGCUUAAGGUGUGGUCGGCAGUUACAGGAAAGUGCUUGCGGACUCUGGUUGGUCACACGGGAGGUGUUUGGUCGUCCCAAAUGUCGGGUACGACAGUAAUAAGUGGAAGUACAGACCGUACGUUAAAAGUAUGGAACGCUGAGACGGGACAGUGCAUUCAUACGCUUUAUGGUCAUACGUCGACCGUAAGAUGUAUGCACCUGCAUGGGAACAAAGUAGUUAGCGGUAGCAGGGACGCUACGUUGAGAGUUUGGCAAGUAGACACGGGAGAGUGUCUACACGUUCUCGUUGGACAUUUGGCAGCUGUAAGAUGCGUGCAAUACGAUGGAAAAUUAGUUGUUAGCGGAGCCUAUGAUUUUAUGGUUAAGGUAUGGAACCCCGAACGCGAGGAAUGCCUUCACACACUUCAAGGACACACAAAUCGUGUUUAUUCUCUACAGUUCGAUGGUGUUCACGUGGUGAGUGGUUCACUUGACACGAGUAUAAGGGUAUGGGAAGUCGAGACCGGUGCCUGCAGGCACACUCUUAUGGGACAUCAGUCUCUUACUUCCGGUAUGGAACUUCGUAAUAAUAUUUUAGUAUCGGGUAAUGCUGAUUCGACAGUCAAAGUUUGGGACAUCGUCAGCGGUCACUGCCUACAAACACUUUCCGGCCCUAACAAGCAUCAGUCAGCCGUAACUUGCCUACAAUUUAACAGUCAUUUCGUCAUAACGUCCUCGGACGACGGUACCGUUAAGCUCUGGGACGUCAAAACAGGUGAUUUUAUAAGGAAUCUCGUAGCACUUGAAAGUGGUGGAAGCGGCGGCGUAGUUUGGAGGAUCCGCGCGAGCGAUACGAAGCUCGUUUGUGCGGUAGGAAGUCGCAAUGGCACCGAGGAAACGAAGCUUCUCGUGCUCGACUUUGAUGUUGAGGUGAAAUAGUCCAAUUCCUCGUGGUCGUUGUCGUCGUCGUGCCUCGGACAGCUCCGCUAUGUGACUUCUGUACAUAUUUUCAUUAGGUAGCGUAACCAAUCUACUGUACAAUGUUUCAUGUAUUACAUGGUCCGAUUGUGAUAAGACUGCGCGCGAACGAAUGCUUAGUAAUCAAGAUGGGUUGGGAGGGAUGAUUCAUUAAAAAAAAAAAAAGGAAACAAAAUGAAUGAAAAAUCGUGAAAAAAAGAACAAAAUGUAUGAGGAAAGAUACAAAGGAUAAUGAUUUCAAAAAGAAGCGCAGAUACAACGAUCGAAUGGUCGUUCGUUCGACGACGGAGCCAUGGGCAAUUAUUUUCGCCAACUAAGACUGAAAUCGACGUUUAAAAUAAGCCAUUUUUUUUAAUCUUCCUUAAACUUUUUUUAUGACACAAGAAAAACUUGAUAUUUUCCACAGUCAGGUUAUUAAGAGUGAAUGUAACAAAUUUUUUUCUUCGGCUUCAUUCUUGUAAUACGAGUUGCAUACGUAGCAGCGAGUCAAACGUGGAAUAGAAAAAUCAAGGAUUUUUCACACAUACGUUUACAGCUAAAUUUUGUGUUUUUGUUUUUCGAAUUUAAGUACAAUUCGAAACUUAGACUAUACUAAACUCAAUUGAUCGUGUCAAAAUUUAAAUUCGAUAUAAUAGCCAAAUAAUUGCCAACGAAUCAUUUCAACGAACAGUUAUUCAACAAAAUACUCAAUCAUUUUUUCAAUCACAAGAAAAUCAGGAAAAUUUCUUUUAAAAACCUUUCGGAAUCAAGGAUUCUUUCCAAUUUUUGAUUUAAUAAUUUUACAACUGCCCUGAUAAUAAGUCAUUGAAUGUUGGUUGUACAUAAAACAAAAAAACUGAAGUGAAAUACACAGUUGCUAACGUUUAUGUAAAGAAUCCUGAAACAGUCGUCGAUUUCGGAUCUCGUUGACGACGAUAAUCCAUUGGAAAAAAAUUGGAUGUACCUACCGCCGUGUACAAACAAAAGAAAAAAAAAACAAAAAAAAGAGAUUCAAAAGACUCGAUACAAUACUAUGAAGAAUAAGGAGCUUAUACUAUUAACUAUAUAUUGUUUUAUUUUAUAUUAAUAUUAUUAUGAUUUUUCAAUUAGUACGGAAUUACUUUUCUGUUAUGUUCGAUUUGAAAAUGCGGUAUCGUUACUCGUUGGUAGUUUUAUAUUACGGGAUAAUCACGAUCGACACUCGUUCUUCCUCGUUGGCAUUUUGUUUUCAUUUUCGUCGUUUUUUUCACACUUUAUAUGACGACUUAUGUGGGCCGAUCGUUCUUCGCGCACAGAUGUUCGCGGAAAAAAAAAAACAGUUGCAAUCGGUGUUGUUCCUUUUAUCAUUAUUCUUAAUAUUACUACUAUUAUGAUUAUUAUUAUUAAUCGUCAACGUGCCGUUAUGCAACUUAUCGGACAGCGGGAAGAACACAAAACAAAUACGAAAAAAAAAAGAAAAGAAAGUUGUCUCGAUAACCGCGAAACACUUGAC